GCGGCGGAGCACGCGACGCAGGUCGCCGCGCUCGUCAAGGAGAACGAGGACAUCGUCAGCCGCCUGGCCAAGGAGCGGAGCGCGAACCCGCUCGGGGGCCUGCCCGGCGCCACCGUCGGCCCGCGCGCGAAGAUGAAGCUGUUGACGGUCAAGGAGAUGGGCCGCAAGGUCUCCGCGGCCGCGGCGCGCGCGCAGCGCGCCGAGGGCCGCGCGGCGGGCUCCGAGGGCACGAUAGCGCGCCUCAAGGAGCAGUACGAGUACUGGAACGGCGUCGAAAGAAACAGACUUCAAACCUCUCGAGCUCGGUACUGGCUCUCCAAGAAGGACCGGGACGCGGCCAAGUUCAUCGCGCAGCUGAACGUCUACCGCGCGAAGAAGCGGACGCAGCUCGAGACCGCGGACCUCGAGCUCGUGGCGCUCUGGGACGCCGUGGACCGCCACGCGCGCGUGCUCCGGCGCGUCAAGGCGGGCAAGUACCCGCUCCACCAGCUCGGCAGCAACGUCGCCGCGCCGGCGAUCCCGCCGGGCGACCUGCCGCCGUCGACGGAGGGCCUGGCGCUGGACCGGCUCCCGGCGACGCUGCGCGCCGUGAAGAAGCGGGACCGGGCCCAGCGCGGCCUCGACGAGCCCCGGGAGGGCGACGCGGACGCGGAGUCCGACUUCUACUACGGCGUCGCGCGCGCGUCGCCGCGCGCCAAGUCCGUCCGGAACGCGCAGCAGCGGUCUUCCGACUCGCUCCUGAGCAACCGCACGCCCGAGCCGCCGCGGACGACGACGGGCUUCUCCGCGACGCUCCGGGGCGCGGACCUCGGCGCCGGCGACGACGCGCCGCCGCGGCCCGCGACGGCCUUCGACUACGCGGGCGGCGCGGGCGGCGACGCCGACGAGCUCCGCGGCGAGCUCGCGGCGGCGCGGGCCGCGCUCCGCGACCUCGAGGCGUCCGUCGACGCGCGCGUCAAGGCGCGCGUCACGUCCGAGCUCUCGGCGCACGCGACGGUCCAGUACCUCCGGGACCUCGAGGAGGCGAAGCGCGACGCGGACAAGCGCGCGUCGGACCACGCGCGCCAGUACUCCCAGCUCCGCGUCGCCUUCGAGGCCCAGCGCCGCGCCGGCGGCACGCAGGGCACGCUCUCCGCGAACGCGUCCCGCCAGCUCUCCGCGGGACCGGGCUCCCGGCCCGGCAGCGCCAGCGGCCUCGACCGGUCCGGGCCCGCGCGGCCCGCGUCCGCGCGCGCCGCCCACCGCCCCCGCAUGUGA